GAUGCUGACGUUGAAGAGAUUCUGCCGAUCGGUAGUGGGUAUGGAUCCUGACCCGUAGGAGUACGACGGGAUCGAGUUCUGGUCCAACCCGGAGCGAGCAGGGUGGCUCACCAAGCAGGGCCUGCACAUCAAGACCUGGCGCCGCCGUUGGUUUGUUCUCAAGCAGGGGAAGCUUCUCUGGUUCGAAGACGACCUUUCCGCCUCCAGGCGGGACGCCGUCCCUCGCGGCGUCGUCCCCGUGGCCAAGUGCCUCACCAUCAAAGGCGCCGAGGACGUCCUCCAGAAGCCCCUGGCUUUCGAGCUCUCGAUCGGAAACGAUGAACCGAUAUAUCUCAUCGCCGAUUCCGAGAAGGAGAAGGAGGAGUGGAUCAAUUCCAUCGGGCGCUCCCUCGUUCAGCACUCCAGAUCUGUCACCGAUUCCGAGGUCGUUGAUUACGACAGCCCGCGAUAGGUUAUUUUAACAAGAUAAUCUGUGCCUAAUGGACGAAUGUGCAAAACGCAUGAGAUGUUGCUCCUUGGUGUGCCAUGCUGACCCUUUGUGAGGUGGUCGUUGUUUGAGAAGUACGUCAAUCUGUUCGUGCUAGCUUUCUUCAUUGUUUUGCUGCCAUCGUAUCAAAUCUGAUGUGAAGGCUGGUGUAAGAAUGUGUUUUGAUCAUCUAGAAUAGGUCUUGUAGUUCAACUAAUGAAGCAAUUGUGCUCUUGUGAAAAUGUAUGUUGUGCCUACUUCCAACUUAAACUGAGAGGCCUUCACAGCUUGAAUGGAUCUAAUAGAAAACAGAUAUACUCUCUCUGUCCCAAUGUAUUUGUUCAGCUGGACAAACUUUGAGUUUCAAUUAAAUAAAAACCGUAAUGUAUUUUAACAUAAAAAUAACUUUAUUGGAUUUAUUGCAUUGAGAAUUUUCAAAAUUUGUCCAUAAUGAUUUCCCUUCACGCCUUUCACCUGUACCCACUAUUGCCUAUUGUAUAUUGAUUGUAUUCACAUCUCUCAAUCGUCUUCUUCUCCACGACAAUGGCAUUUCUCCCCCGGCACAACUCCGCCACCCAUCGCCACCCCUCCUUCCUCCCCCGCUAUCUCAUUCUCUCCGCUUUCGUCUCCCUCGCCAUUCUCCUCCUCUUCGAGGUGGACAGCCUCGUGUCGAAGACGAAGACGAUCGUGGGCCACAACUUGGAGCCGACGCCGUGGCACGUUUUCCCGGCGAAGGAAUUCGACGACGAGUCUACCUACUCCCGGGCCUCGAAGAUCAUCCAAUGCUCCUACCUAACCUGCAGCCGCGCCGCCGAUUCGGCUCCCGGAGGCGGCGGAGCCAGCGAUCCGCCGCCGGCGUGCCCCGAUUUCUACAGGUACAUUUACUACGACCUGGCGCCGUGGGCGAAGACCGGGAUUUCCCGCGCUCACGUGGCGGAGGCGCAGAAGCUCGCGGCGUUCCGGGUCGUGAUCUCGCGGGGGAGGCUCUAUGUGGACUUCUACUUUGCUUGCGUGCAGAGCCGGGCGAUGUUCACCGUCUGGGGAUUCCUCCAGCUGCUCCGGCGGUACCCCGGGAAGGUUCCCGACGUGGAUUUGAUGUUCGAUUGUAUGGACAAGCCGACGGUUAACCGGACGGAGAACGCCGCCAUGCCGCUGCCGCUCUUCCGAUACUGCACCACAUCUCAACAUUUUGACAUUCCUUUCCCGGAUUGGUCUUUCUGGGGCUGGUCAGAGAUUAACAUAGCGCCAUGGGAUGAGGAGUUUAACAGCAUUAAACAGGGAUCGAAAACUCGGAGUUGGGCAAGAAAAUGGCCGGUUGCUUACUGGAAAGGAAAUCCAGACGUUUUUUCACCCGUUCGCACAGAGCUUUUGCAGUGUAAUGACACUAGAAUGUGGAGAGCCCAGAUCUUUCGGCAGGAUUGGCUAGAAGAAGCAAAGACUGGAUUUGAGCAGUCCAAACUGUCCAAUCAGUGCCAGCACCGGUAUAAGAUAUAUGCAGAAGGAUAUGCUUGGUCUGUGAGCUUGAAAUACAUUCUUGCAUGUGGUUGUGUUCCCCUCAUAAUAACGCCGCAGUAUGAAGAUUUCUUUAGCCGCGGUCUUAUUCCCAAGAAGAAUUAUUGGCCAAUCCCCCCCUUUGAUCUAUGCCCGUCUAUCAAAUCGGCCGUUGAGUGGGGUAACGAACAUCCCGUAGAGGCGGGAGAAAUAGGGAAAGCAGCACAAGAGUUGAUGGAAUCUCUAAGCAUGGACAGGGUGUACGACUACAUGUAUCACCUGAUCAAUGAGUACGCGAAGCUUCAAGAUUUCGUUCCGGUGCCGCCGCCGCCGGCCCAAGAGAUGUGCGUGGACUCCGUGCUUUGCUUCGCCGAUCAAAAACAGAGGGAUUUCCUGCGGCGGACAAUCGCCUUCCCUUCCCCGUCGCCGCCCUGCUCUCUCCCCCCUCCGGACAUGAACCUCAUCAACAUGAAUAUGGAAAUGAGAGGAAAGUUUGAUAAUGCAAAUAACAACAAGAAUAAUAAUUAGAGAUUUCAGGGUAGUUUAGCAAAUUUUUUUUUGUAAAUGAAGUUAGUUUUGAGAUUGUAAUUAAGAAGGAAAAAAAGAAUACUUGCAAU